AUGGCUACCUUUAACGGCAGUACCGAUACUCUUUGCGCCCUUGUGGAGAUUUAUCAAUGUGACCAGCGUCAGAAAGAGCCGCUCGGAUCUCGACUUGAACGUCAAAAUAUUCGACUUCUGGAUCUAGCUUGUGCGAACGCUCAGUUUAAGACAGCGGGAUAUCUCAUGAAUUGCGGCCCAUCCUUAGGCGAAAUUUUCAAUGAGCGAGGAUACGCCGAGGCACCUCUUACAGCCGCGUUGGCCGCGCUCUACCUCAUCAAAGAAAGAACUCAUUUUAGUUGA